AGGCAGAUUUCCUCAGAAAGAUUUGGAGGCACUGUUUCCUGGGAUGAGUGCUGAUUUCACUAGUGAAAACUUUUCUGCUGCCUGGUACCUGAUAGAGAAUCAUUCAACAACAAGUUUUGAUCAGCUCAAAACGGCUGUUGUGAAUUUGAAGAAACAAGGCAAUAAGAAAAAUGAGGGGAGUCUGGCUUAUGUGAAAGGAGGUCUUAGCACAUUUUUUGAAGCACAAGAUGCUCUGUCAGCAAUCCAUCAAAAACUGGAAGCGGAUGGAACAGAAAAAGUAGAAGGAUCCAUGACGCAAAAACUGGAGAAUGUACUGAACAGAGCCAGUAAUACAGCAGAUACUUUAUUCCAAGAAGUGCUGGGUCGCAAGGACAAAGCUGAUUCAACAAGAAACGCACUUAAUGUUCUUCAGCGUUUUAAAUUUCUUUUCAACCUUCCCUUGAAUAUUGAAAGGAAUAUCCAGAAGGGUGAUUAUGAUGUGGUAAUUAAUGACUACGAAAAAGCCAAGUCACUCUUUGGAAAGACAGAGGUUCAAGUAUUCAAAAAAUAUUAUGCUGAAGUUGAAACCAGAAUUGAAGCUUUAAGAGAACUUCUGUUGGAUAAGCUUCUUGAAACUCCAUCAACUUUGCAUGAUCAGAAACGAUAUAUAAGAUAUCUUUCUGAUCUUCAUGCGCCUGGGGACCCUGCUUGGCAGUGCAUUGGUGCUCAACAUCAGUGGAUUCUGCAGCUCAUGCACAACUGUAAGGAGAGCUAUGUUAAAGAACAAAAAGGUAACUCAUUGCUCCACAGCCCCAUGUUAGACCUGGACAGUGAUGUGCGUCCAUCACCAAUUGGCCAUCUUGGACAAACUGCUUCAUUGAAAAGGGGGAGCAGCUUUCAGUCUGGCCGUGAGGAUGCUUGGCGAUACAAAGCUCCUCAACAAGUUGUAUUUGUUGAAAAGUUGACAAAACUUGUUUUAAGUCAGCUACCGAACUUCUGGAAGCUCUGGAUUUCUUAUGUGAAUGGAAGUUUAUUCAGUGAGACUGCUGAAAAAUCUGGCCAAAUGGAGAGAUCAAAGAAAAACGCUAGGCAAAGACAAAAUGAUUUCAAGAAAAUGAUUCAGGAAGUGAUGCACUCUCUGGUAAAACUUAUCCGUGGAGCUUUGCUUCCAUUCAGCCUCCGAGAAGGAGAAACAAGACAGUAUGGUGGCUGGGAGAUGAAAUCUGAACUUUCUGGCCAGUGGCUAACACAUGUUAUCCAGACUGUAAGGCUUAGUUCUGAGUCUCUUACUGCACUCGAGAUACCAAAUGAUAUGCUUCAGAUCAUCCAGGAUCUUAUUUUGGACCUUCGUGUACGUUGCAUUAUAGUGACCCUGCAGCACACAGCUGAAGAUAUAAAGAGGUUAGCUGAAAAGGAAGACUGGGUUGUUGACAAUGAAGGUUUGACAUCAUUGCCAUCCCAGUUUGAACAGUGCAUUAUCCAUUCCUUGCAAUCUCUUAAAACUGUGUUGGACUGCAAACCUGGAGAGGCCAGUGUUUUCCAGCAGCAGAAAACACAGGAGGAUGUGUGCCAGCUAAGCAUUGGGAUCAUGCAGGUCUUUAUAGACUGUUUGGAACAACUCAGCACCAAACCUGAUGGUGACAUAGAUACAGCACAUCUUUCAGUUGAUGUUUCGUCUCCAGAUUUGUUUGGAAGCAUUCAUGAAGACUCAAUUCUUUCUUCAGAACAGAGGCUUUUAAUUGCACUCAGCAACUGCCGUUAUCUGGAACGUCAUACCUUCCUAAAUAUAGCUGAACAUUUUGAGAAACAUGGCUUUCAAGGUGCUGAAAAAAUAACUCAAGUUAGUAUGGAAUCCUUGAAAGAGUUGGAUCAAAGACUGUUUGAAAUGUACAUUGAAUUCAAGGCAGAUCCGAUAGUUGGAUCCUUAGAACCUGGCAUUUAUGCAGGAUAUUUUGAUUGGAAAGACUGUCUUGUUCCAGCAGGUGUCAGAAACUAUUUGAAAGAGGCAUUAGUGAAUAUCAUUGCUGUGCAUGCAGAGGUGUUUACCAUUUCCAAAGACUUGGUUCCUCGGGUAAUGGCAAGGGUUGUAGAAGCAGUCUCUGAAGAACUGAGUCGACUGAUGCAGUGUGUUUCAUCCUUCAGCAAAAACGGAGCUUUGCAGGCAAGACUUGAAAUCUGUGCAUUGAGAGAUACCGUGGCCAUAUACCUAACACCUGAAAGCAACUCAAGCUUUAAGCAAGCUUUGGAAGCUUUGCCUCAUCUCUCAAGUGGAACUGACAAAAAGUUACUAGAAGAGUUACUAAACAAAUUUAAAAGCAGCAUGCACUUGCAGCUGACCUGUUUUCAAGCUUCUUCAUCAGCAAUGAUGAAAACAUAG